AUGUCGAUUAAUCAGUCACAAGCCUGGCGCAUACGCAACAGGGUUCAGGGAGUUUGCACAAACGAAGGCAUAGACCAGAACCUCUCGCUCGAGCAAGUGCCCAAACCUAGCCCCAAGGAAGGCCAAAUCCUUGUCCAAAUCUACGCCGCCUCCCUCAAUUACCGAGACCUCCUGGUAUUGACUUCGGAUCCUGUUUACCUCAGCGGGGGUCCCGAUGACGGCGUAGUCCCAUUAGGCGAUGGUGCCGGUGUCGUCGUCGAGGUCACUUCGCCGACGUCGAGGUGGAAGGUUGGUGAUAAGGUCAUCAACGCCACCAACUCGUCUUGGAAAGCUGGUCAGACUCAAGCGGCCUUUGACAAUAAACUUGGACUCGGCGGGAAGGACGUUGAUGGGGUCUUGCAGCAAUACGCUGUCUUUGACGAGGAUGCGCUGGCUCCUCUACCCUCUCACCUGACCUUUGAGGAAGCUGCAGCGCUCAGCGGUCCGUAUGUUUCGGCCUGGAAUGCACUCUUCGGGGGUCCCCAGCAAUUGAAAAGAGGAGAAACUGUGGUGAUUCAGGGUACUGGCGGUGUCAGUGUGGCCGGACUGCAGAUUGCCGUCGCUGCCGGGGCCGAAGUCAUUGCCUUUUCAACGUCAGAAGAAAAGCUCGGUCUCCUCCGCAAACUUGGUGCCAAACAUGCCAUCAACUACAAGAACAACUCCAACUGGAGCAAAGAUGUUCUCGACCUGACGGGCGGGCGUGGUGCUGAUCAAGUCCUUGACGUCGUCGGUGCUUCGACCAUUGCAGAGUCGUUGCGUGCCUUGCGACAGGAUGGCUUGAUAUCAGCCAUUGGAUUCAUGUCUGCGUCUGAAAAACACGACCUGGUUUCAGAGCUCAUUUUUGGUGCAAAGACCAUUCGUGGCUUGAUGUACGGCAGCCUGGGCAUGCUCCAGGACCUAAGCGCCUUUGUUGAGAAACACGAGAUCAAACCGAUUAUUGCUGAAGCUUUUGAAUGGAAUGAUGCCAAGCUAGCCUAUAAAGCCAUGCUUGCUCAAGGCUUUGUUGGCAAGAUUGUGGUCAAGGUCGGUUGA